AUGCCUCUGUUCAAGAAACACAAGAAUUCGUCGCAGUCGCCUCUGCCGAUUGUGGAUGGUUCGCGACCCCAGUCCGCCCGCGAGCAGCCCGUGUUUCCCCCCGCAUACAGCGCUUCUCACAGCGUCGACACCGCCGUCGUCUCAGCCACUACCCGCAGCGACAACUUGGACGAGAGCACCAAACCUCAUUACCACCACCUUCGACACCUCCAUGAGCAGACUGCUUCCCGUACAGCCACUGCUCCAGUCGAUUCACAGCCCUUCGAUGCGGACAGGCGCUUUUACCCGUCGCCCGUGCCAAAUCCGGACGCUGUACCCCUGUCGUCUUACAUGGUAGACCAGGAGAAGCCGCCCAAGUCAAAGAAGAGCCUCUUCAAUCGACACUCGACCAAGGACUCCUUGGGCUUUCUGGACCGUCGUGUUUCCCUCAAGGGGAAGAAAUCUGGCUGGCAUCAGCAGCAACGCUCGUCUCUCCAGCUUCCACACGAUUCGGGCUCGAACAGUCAGGACGCGUUUCCAAGGAGCCAUGUCCCGGUGAAGACCGAGCAUGGAGUAGACAAAGACCACACUACGGAACCGUAUCCAGCAUCUCACACGCAGCAAGCAUCUGCCACGCCUACCAGCCCUUCCUUCGAACACCCAUUCUCUUCUCCAAACCCCUCCCUCGAAUCAUAUGCUAUCCGACGCUCGAAAACCGAAUCAUCCAUCCCAGACCCCUCAGAUACCAGAGAGCAGGACAUUGGCCUGCGCGGCGGUCAAAACUCUCCCUUUCCUUCCUCCCAACCACCGCCCUUAGACGCUUCCUUUCGACACACGCCUGAGUCGUCUCAUGCCAUACAGGAUCAAGAGUAUCUACGCAGGAUAUACCUUCAAUCUGACCAGGAACAGAGCACGCUACCCGCUUCGCAGCAGUCACUUGCACAACCCUCACCCCUACGGGCUCCCUAUCUCCGACCCGGUUCUAGACCUUCCGUGGAUCAUUCGCAACCUGCUCAGCUCCAGGGAAAUAUGCACUCGUCAGAUCGCCCCGGCCGGGUGAAGCCCCCGUAUGCUGAAUCCGGGUCACAACAUGGUCAAAGCCGAGAUAACAAGGGUAGCGGUCAUCUUCCAUACCCUCAUGGUUCAAGUUCCAAGAACAAUGCAUCUCAGCAGAGCCUUCACGAACCUCCGCGAAACACGCCAACACCCUUGCAAGGUAGAGGUCGGGAUGAGAGUGAAAUUGACGUUCCGGCCCUGCUACAAAAAUACGAAGAGCUCCAGGCGAAAUAUUCCAAGGUGAAGAGGUAUUACUUCGAGAAAGAGGCGCAAGUCCAACAACUACAGAAUACCAUUGCCUACCAGCGCAUGGCCUCUUCCCACACCCUCCUAGAUGAUAACGAGUAUAUUAACCGGUUCAAUCGGCUGGAUGGAGCAAUCAAAGACCUCGCAUUCUCUAUUCGGAAAGAUUGGAAGAGUGUGCCUACGUGGCUACAAGGGAAUGUUAACAGUGACGCGCACACAGUGGGUACCAAAGAGAUGACGGCAGUUGGUCGAGCAGUGGUCAGCCGUUGGCUAGUGGAGGAGAUCUUUCACCGGCAUUUCCAUCCUGCACUUGAUCAAAACCUGAGCAUGCGACUGAAAGAUAUUGAGAUGAAUCUUCGAUGCCAGCCUACGAACACGUCUACCGACGAGGACAAGGAGAAUGCGGUCGCUAGAAUCUCGAACUGGCGCCGCACGACUUUCGAUGGUCUUGGUGACGCCCUGAGGGAUAAAGAAGCUGGAGAGAACCGUUCCCGGCUAACCAGUGAUCUCGUGUCCAAGCUGGUGGAAAAAUUGGGAAGUAAUCUCCGUGAGACGACGCCAAAGGAACUGGAGAACGCGGCGUUGAUAAUUGUGGAGAACACUGUCAACCUCUGUGAAAAGAUCCCCCUGGAGUCACGGGAUAUCCGUGUUGAGUACUUCUUGCCUGGAGUUCCUGUCGUCGAGAGUUUGAUGAAGGUCGAAACCGGACUGCCUCCGCUGGCCAGUCUUGACCAGUCGUCAAAUCAGACAUGUAUGUCUACGGACCAAGAGCGCUCACUUGGUUCCCGAGGGGAUGGAUCGAAUGGAGAGGUGGAUAUUGACCAGGACAAAACAUCCAUAACGUCGACGAGAAGUUCUCCCGGGAAUAAUACCAGUUCUGUUGCAUCUCAUAAAAAGGAGUCGAGGAAGAAAUCCAUCGUCGGCUCCCUCAUAAACAGGAAGAACUCCCCUGGGACCACCCACGUACCUCAAUCGCCUGACCUGGCGUGCCGCCGUGCAUCGGUGGCUACCACCGAAAUCAAGGGCCCCGAAGAUGCUGAGAAACGUGACAGCCCGCCCCCUACUCCACGCAUUCGCUUUGCAUGUUUCCCGAGCGUGGUGGUGAGGGGAAAGGGGCCCGUAAACGCACUUAUCAAAGCUCCCGUUUAUCUGGUUGGGUAG